UUCAAGUUGUGUUAGGAGCUAUGUUGAUGGAUACCAACCCUAUGACUAUCACGGCUGAAGAAACCAAAAAAGGAAAAGGCGGGAAAAAGGAAGACUUGGGAAAGAAGAAGAAAGAUGAUGAUCUUAAAACUCAUAUGGCUAACGAAAGAACUUUCUUUAAAUGGCUAUUCACAGGUUUUCAUAUUGGUGCUAUGGGUACAUUUAUUUUGGCGUUCUUCUCAGAGUCACAAGAUCCUUACAAGUUAUUAUUGGUUAUAUUUUGUUGGUUGAUUGCUCUAAGCUUUGUAUUAUACGGAUUAUACAAUUAUUACAGAAGAAGAAGAGCUCUACGAUUGGGUUUAAAGGAAAGUACAGAAUGGGAUGCUCCUCAUGGUCCUGCUUUUGUAGUGGCAGGUUUGGUAUUGGUUAUUGCAAGUGUCAUAAUAUAUGCAGUAUAUACGGGAAUGGAACCCAGAAAACCGAAGAAUUUUCAAGGAUUCUGAAGAGUACUUGCUGUUUAAAAAGUAGUACUAGUAUAUAUAGAAUAGUAUGGAGUGUGCAUUAUCAUAAUCUUUUGCUGAAAGUAUCGUUUCGUUGAGUUGAUGAAAAGAUACCCAAAACAUAGCAAGUGUUUUGCUUUUGAUAGUAAUACGAAGAUAAAUGCUUCUUUUUCUUA